ACCUUUUUCGUGUUUAUACUUCAAACCUAUUAAAAUUGUACACAUGGAUUAUAUAUUUAGAUAUUACUCAUAUACUGUUUAAAUAAUUAGUGAAUAAUUUACUAUUUUUUUAUUAAGAUAGAUACUUAAUAAUUCUAAUAAUACACCAUGUAUAAUACUGGACCACCACCACCUUAUGAAUCACCUCCAUAUGCACCACCUGGUUAUUCACAAACAGUGGGUGGUGUUCCACCUGCUAGUCCUUUUACAUCUGCAGAAACCUAUACAAGUGGACCAACUAUAGUAACAACAAUUGUUCCACUUGGACCAGGAUCAACACAUACAAUUUGUCCACAUUGUCAUGCAGAAAUUGAUACUACAACGAAAACAGAACCUGGAAUGAUUGCUUAUAUAUCUGGUGUAGUAAUUGCAUUAAUGGGAUGCUGGUUUGGAUGCUGUUUGAUUCCAUGCUGUAUUGAUGAAUGUAUGGAUGUUCAUCAUAGUUGUCCUAAUUGUAAAGCUUAUUUGGGACGUUACAGGAGAUAAAGUAAUACAAUAGUAUUUAUUGCAUUUUAUUUUAAAACUAUUUGAAAGUUGCAUUAUAUAUUGAUAUAUAAUAUAGAACAAUUUUUAAUCUUUAUUAAAAAAUAUUUUCAAAGUUUUAAAUAUACACAAUCAAAGUUAAAUAUUUUUCACAUAGAAGUUUGAUAUGUAAAUGCACAAUACAAAGUUGCAUAUGAUAUUACAAAUAUAUUUGAUACUUAACACUUUUAAAAGAAGUCAAUAAUAAUAUGGAUUUAAAUAUUAAAUGAAAAAGUUCCUAAAGAUUAAUUUUUC